GUUGUUGAUAGCAAUUGAAUUGCUACAAUUUUUGUUUACAAUAAAUUAUACAUAAAAACAGAAUGGAGGAGUUGCGAGAGCUGGUUGAAUUUAUGCAGCCCAAUCAAAGAUUGGACUUAAAAGCAGUGGCAUUAUCACAUGUGCUAGGCCUGACAGGUACUGCUGAAGGUAAAGAAUGCAUCUUAGCGCUGGACUUUAUGAUAUAUGCCAUCUUUGGACUUACAAAAGAUUCAAACGCAACAAUUGCUAAAGAUGCAGUACUUAGUCUUAUAAAUUUGACGGCAGAGGAAACAGGCGCCACUAAAGUCUAUGAAAUAGCGCAGCAAAUGGUGCCUCAUCCUAUACGGGAAUUCAACAUUGUGAAGGAGGCUGUCGAUCAGAUAAUCGAUGAACAAGCAGUCCUUGCUGAUGCCUGGAGCAUGGUGCUAAGUAAUUUGUCCAGAUGCGAAUCAUUAGUGCCUUCCAUACUCGACACAUUAGAACCAAUGCUGGGAGAUUUAGCCAAGGCGUUUGUCAAUCUGGACUACAAGAAAAAAAAGUCAAAGCUACACUACCUAGCUCCAAUAUUCUGCAAUUUGACGCAAGUGCAGCGUGGACGGGAACUAUGUUGCCACAGCAAAUAUCAGCUAAUGGAAAAGCUGUUGCCCUUUGCUUCGUUUGAGGAGAGCGUUGUGCGUCGUGGCGGCACUAUUGGCAUUAUAAAGAAUAUUUGCUUUGAUGCAGUAUAUCACGAUAUUAUAUUGAAUGAACAGGAUAAUAUACUAGUGGCCAUACUUCAGCCACUGUGUGGACCCGAGGAAUUCAAUGAUGACGACAAUGAAAAGCUGCCGAUUGAGCUACAGUACCUGCCUGAGAGUAAAACUCGUGAAGAAGAUCCAGAUUUGCGCAAGAUGUUGCUUGAGUGCCUGUUGCAAUUGUGCGCCACUCGUCGUUGCCGAGAAGUGCUGCGUGCUAAAGGAGUUUAUGAGAUUCUGCGCGAAUAUCACAAGUGGGAAGCCAAAGAGGGUCGCGAUAGCGAUUGCUUACUAGCCUGUGAGAAUGUUGUGGAUAUUCUCAUUAAAAAAGAGGAAGAAAUCGGUCUAGACAAUUACAAAACAGAAGUUGAUGUGCCUGCCGAGCAAGCCGAGAAGUUUGUUCAGGAGGAUGCGGCUUAUGUUAAGAGUCUGUUAGACUAAUUUGCACCAUUGCUCAAACUGUGACUUAUAGCAUAAAUAAA